AUGUGGUCUGAAAGGAGUUUGUUUUUUGUCACAGGUGGGAUGGAGAGUGGUAUUAUUGGAGGAAAAGUGGCUGAACUUAAUUCCCGACCAUACAUGGCAUCUAUUCAGAUCAAUAAACAUCACACAUGUGGAGGGAUGCUGAUCAGAGAGGAUUAUGUACUGACAGCGGCCCACUGUUUGAAUCGUAGUGUCUUAUCUAGUCGAGAUCACUUUGAGGAUGUUCUGGGAGCUCACAACAUCACGAAGAAGGAGAAGAGCCAGCAGAGAAUCCCAGUGAGGAAAUACAUCCGACAUCCUAUGUUUGAACGAAACAAGGAGAAGGACUACAGCUAUGAUAUCAUGUUACUAAAGCUGAAGAACAAAGCCAAGCUGAGCAAAUUUGUGAAAGUUAUGCCUCUUUUUAAGAAUGGAAAAACACCAGCUAAUGUUCACUGCUCCAUUGUGGGUUGGGGGUUGAAAACCCCAAAAGGAAACCAGGCAUCAGAUGUGAUGCGGGAAGUCCGUCUCAAACUGGAGGAGAACUCAAAAUGUGAAAAAAUGUGGCAGCUGUACUUCAACUCUGAGAGAAUGAUCUGUAGUGUUUCAGAUGGGAAACAUGCUUUUUGUAUGGGGGAUUCAGGGAGUCCUCUUAUCUGCAAUACUAAACCACAAGGAAUUGCUUCAUAUACCUUUAAUGGUAACUGUACAAAUAAAUCAUAUCCUCAAGUUUAUGUUAAAAUCUCCUACUUCCUCCCCUGGAUUAAAAAGAAA